UACUUAGAUAAAUAACUUCUAUUGAGUUGUGUCUUCUUCCUCCUUUUAAUUAAGUCAGGAAACAUAGGGAUUUCAAAUAUUAUAUAUGGAAGUACAAACCAAAUUUUGCACAGUCUAAUUUUCCGACGACCCUUUUGUCCCCCUAAAUCCGCCUUUGUUUCGAAAACAAACUCUCUACCUGUACAAGGUCGAGAUAAGGUCUGCGCUAGUAAUGGAGAACGAUGAGGUGAUUCUAUUGGAUUUCUGGGCUAGCAUGUUAGGAAUGAGGGUAAGGAUAGCACUAGCCGAAAAAGAGAUCAAAUAUGAGUACAAGGAAGAAGACUUGUUAAGAAUGAAUCCAAUUCACAAGAAAAUCCCAGUUUUGAUUCACAAUGGAAAACCUAUUUGUGAAUCUAUCAUUGCAGUUGAGUACAUUGAUGAGGUUUGGAAGGACAAAACUCCAUUGUUAUUGCCCUUUGUUCCUUAUGUGAGAGCACAAGCUAGGUUCUGGGGUGACUACAUUGACAAGAUGUAUAAUUUUGGGCGAAAAAUAUGGACAACCAAAGGAGAAGAGCAUGAGGAAGGAAAGAAGAAAUUUAUAGAUUCACUCAAGUUAAUGGAGCUAGAAGCAUUGGGAGACAAGCCUUACAUUGGAGGGGAAAACUUUGGUUUUGUGGAUAUUGCCCUGAUUGGAUUCUACAGCUGUUUUUAUGCCUAUGAGACCUUUGGUAACUUCAGCAUAGAGGCCGAGUGCCCCAAGCUCGUCGCUUGGGGCAAGAGAUGUAUGCAGAGGGAGAGCGUCUCGACGUCUCUAGCUGACCCUCAUAAGAUAUAUGAGAUGCUACAAGUAUUUAGAAAGAAUCAUGGAAUGGAAUAAACAUACGCAUGUGCUUCAUAAUCCAUGAAUAGCACUUAGUUUUGCCUCCCACUUCAUGUAUUUUGGAUAUGAAUAAUGUGAACAGAUGUGUG